UCCUUUUUUAUCAGCAAAGAAAAUAUGAUGGAGUUAUAUUUUAGUUUUUUUGCUUUGAUUCUGUGUUCUUAUUAUGUAAACGGCCGGUCAGUUUGCUGGGAUUCUACCAUAUACAAUGAUUCUCUUACAUUAACGAACGGAUCAAAUUAUGAGCACCAACCAGCAAGUGUUCUAAACAAAAUUUGCACACAAGGUUCACUAAUUGCCGCGAAAUGCAUGGAUGCUAAAAAAGAAGAAACUGGUGCGUUUAAGAAUGAUUCAGUUAACAAAGUCAUUUUAACAUGUUCUAUUGUCAAUGGACUUAUUUGCAAACCAUAUGAAAAUGAUCCAAAUGCAACGUGUCCAGACUAUGCGAUCCAGUAUGGAUGCGAUUGCUCAACUACACAAAGUGGAGGGGCUGGUGUAACACCAAGCAAUGGUUUGAAAACAACCCCAGUUGUUACAAUCGCUUCUAGUAAAGAAACAACCCCGGAGACGAAAAAUUCCAUCUCAACUGCUCAGAGUACAUCUCUUAAAACCACAGCGAUGACCGGAGACAGUACCGGUAAUGGCGGGAACGGAAGUAAAUCUGCAACAAGUGCGCGAAAGCACCGUUGCCGAAACAGUGCCCAGCGUUUCAAAAACGCUGGACUGUUGUUCAUUGCAUCGACGAUUGUGUUAAGAUUAGUACUGUAGAAUUUUGAAUAACGGAAACAUUGAGUGACAUAUGUUAUAGCAACAUUUCGGUAAAUUUAAAGCUUACAGAGAUUUUACUUCUGUUUUUGUAAAGAUAUGAAAUGUUAAAAUGUCAUGUCAUGUUUGGUAAUCUUUAAAACUCAUUUCUCUAGUUAUCAAACUUUAUUGUUUUAGUGUUAUUAUAAGAUGCCACACACCAUAUAAUGUAGGAUUCUUCCUGUACUUAUUUUUUUUUAAACCUGCGUAUGUCAGAUAUUAUAUAGACUAUAUAGCAUUGUAAAAACAUUUUUAUAAUCAGUUUUACUUUACCGGCUAAUUACGGGACAUAUUUUCCUUUAUGAAGAAAUAUCCAAAAACCUACUUGUUUUUUUCUAUAUCUUUAAGAAAUACUUUUAACACCCAUGAACUUAAUUAUAUCUAUUACUAUUUAAUUUUUAUUUUGUUUUUUUUUGUUUGUUUUACUUUGACAUGACACAACAUCAUAAAUGUAACGAAACAUAUAAUAUGGCAAAACAAAUAUAGUUUCAUUAUUCUAUAUAACACAAAUGGACAGCAAUGAAGUGUAAAUUUUAAACAAAAGUAGAAAUAAAGUUGUCUAUGCACUAAUAUAGAAGUAGAAAUAAUACCUCACAAACCAUACACACAUAAUGUAUGUCGUUUCGUUAAAAUAAUCUACGCCGUUACUUCACUCAUAAAAGUUUAAUAUUCAAAUGUCAUACAAAUAGAGAUUUAAAGAUAAACACAGUCAUUUAUAAUUUAAUCCACAUCUUUACACGGACCUUGGCAAUAAUGUAUUGAAAGUUAAUCCCAUCUUUAUCAAUGCGCUUUGCGACUCUUCUCAUUUCGUACAUUGUUUAAUCAUUUAUUACCACUGCUAAGGCCAAAGUAAGUGUUAAACUUUCCAAUUUAUUAUCAUUAAGUAAAUACUUCAAAUGUUCAAAAUAAUGACAAUUGCUUACCCCAACAACUCGAUGAUUUUUAAUAAAAAGAUGAAUAUAAAUUGAAUAUUUGAAUGCCCUUCAAGUGGUUUAGAUCACUGUUUAAAUUAUGGCAAUAUCAUUUGAAAAAUAACAGUAUUAAAGAAAGCUUCUGAUUUUGAAAAAUAACAUUUAGUAUCACUUUUUGUUAGGUAACGUUCAUUGUCUCAACAUACUUAUAUAUAUGAAAGUUAUAUGUUUAAAAACUCUAUGUCUAGAUACAACACAUUAAUGUCACGUGACUUGUAUGUUAAAGUUAAUGUUGUUGUCUUUACCUUUACAGUUUAACGAUCCAUUUAUUAACGGUGAUAUCCGGUAACUUUCAAGCCUUAUUA